CGAGGGAAGUCCCGCCUCUGCCGCGGCCGCAGCCACGCACUAAGGUCCCGGCCCGGAGGGGCGGGCGACCGAGGGCCUCGGUGCACCGAGCCCCCAGUUUUGACCGUGCGAGGUGUCCGGGCUAGGGGCGCGAGAUGCCGGGCGGCCGCGGCCCUGGGCUGGGACGUGGAACCUCGAGGGAAGGGGGCGGAGGCGGCCUGGGGGGUCCCGGCGGGAUCCGAUUCCGGAGCUGCCAUGAUUGAAGUGGUAGCAGAGCUGAGCAGAGGUCCUGUGUUUCUGGCAGGGGAGGCGCUGGAGUGUGUGGUGACCGUCACCAACCCCCUGCCCCCCACGGCCACUUCUGCAUCCAGUGAGGCUCUGGCAUGGGCCAGUGCCCAAAUCCACUGCCAGUUCCAUGCCAGUGAGAGUCGAGUAGCACUGCCUCCCCCUGACUCCAGUCAGCCAGAUGUCCAGCCUGAGAGCCAGACUGUCUUUCUACCACACCGAGGUGAGAGGGGUCAGUGUAUCCUUUCCACUCCACCAAAAAUCCUAUUCUGUGACCUGAGGCUAGACCCUGGAGAGUCGAAAUCAUACUCCUACAGCGAAGUGCUGCCUAUAGAGGGACCACCCUCCUUUCGGGGUCAGUCAGUCAAGUAUGUCUACAAACUGACCAUUGGCUGCCAGCGUGUCAACUCACCCAUCACUUUACUCAGGGUCCCUCUGAGGGUUCUUGUGCUGACUGGCCUUCAAGAUGUCCGCUUUCCCCAGGAGGAGGCAGUAGCCCCAUCCAGUCCAUUCUUGGAAGAGGGUGAAUGUGGCAAGAAGGACUCAUGGCUCGCUGAGCUGGCUGGGGAGCGCCUCAUGGCUGCCACAUCCUGCCGCAGCCUCCAUCUGUACAACAUCAGUGAUGGCCGAGGAAAAGUUGGGACAUUUGGCAUCUUCAAAUCUGUAUACAGACUUGGCGAGGACGUGGUGGGGACCUUAAACUUAGGGGAAGGAACUGUAGCUUGUUUGCAGUUUUCAGUGAGCUUACAGACGGAGGAGCGUGUGCAGCCUGAGUACCAGCGGCGCCGCGGGGCAGGGGGUGCCCCCUCUGUGUCUCAUGUCACUCAUGCCUGGCACCAGGAGUCCUGCCUACAUACAACCAGAACGAGCUUCUCCCUCCCCAUCCCUCUCAGCUCCACACCAGGCUUCUGCACAGCCGUUGUAUCCCUGAAGUGGCGUUUGCAUUUUGAAUUUGUAACAUCCCGAGAACCAGGUUUGGUGCUUCUACCUCCCAUGGAACAGCCCGAGCCUGUCACCUGGACAGGGCCUGAGCAAGUGCCCGUGGACACCUUCAGCUGGGACCUCCCCAUCAAGGUGCUGCCUACAAGCCCUACCCUGGCCUCAUAUGCGGCCCCAGGCCCCAGCACCAGUACCAUAACCAUCUGAAACUGGCCCAUGUGGCACUACUUUCUUCAGGAUCCUGAGAACUCAGCACCUGGACUCUAGUAGGACCCAUUUUUUCCACCUGGGGUCCAGUGGCACAGAUAAUGAGAGGCAGGCUUUCGGCUGUAGCAUUAAUUUAUUUAUUCAGAAUAAAUCGGCAGCUGCUAGUGGUUUCCCUGGAAGUGGCAGCGGCAGUGGGCAGUCAGCAAAAGGGCGGUCAGUUGAGUUUAGCUGGAGUGGGGAGCAGGAGCCGCAGGAAUAGGAGUGUUAGCUGAGCCCCACUCUGGGUCGGGCCCUCCCCCUUUGCAGGGCAGCUGAGGGUCAGAUUUUUGCACCAGGGAGAACUGGCACGUUCCUGCCUCCUGACGUACCUCACACCCAGCGGGGAAGUCGAUAGGAUGCUGGGACCUGGGGAACCAAAGGACGGGGCAGGAGUCAGGACAGUGAAGGUCCGCCUUUAUCCCUGUCUCGCAUCCCCCCUCCCAGCAUUCCUCCCAUAUCUUCCCCCAGUGCCCCUGUCCCCCCUAACCGAGCUCUUGCCUGCCAUAUAUGGAUUUUUUUCGUUUCAUAGCAGGAAUAUUUUCCCUCCAGAUCCACCCCAACUCCCCUUACUUUGUAGCCUGAAGCCUUCUCUCUCACAUUUUUGUUGGUACCUUCAGGUUCGGCCAGCUUCAUACUGCUACUUUGUUCAUUCUCACACCGCAGCAAUCUAGUCAUGCCCUGGCCAUCUCUUAGUCACUCACAUCAGAGCCAUUCUCUCUGGCCCUCAGUGGUCACUCACGUGUCACAGCAGCCCACACCGACGGGAUGCAGACAGGUGCAGUGGAAACAGUCCUUGCGGAGCCAAGACUCGCCCAGGGUGAAAUAUUUCCCUUCAUGGUGGCAGGGCGCUAGGGAAGAGCAGGAAAUGUUAGUGUGCUAGAGCGGAGGGAGUAAGUGCUGCCGCCCCCGCGUUUACCCUCUCCUGUUUCCCAGCUCGGGGGGUCUGGGUCUUCUGACAGGAUCACCCCUGAGCCCCCUUCCUCCCAGUGCCCUCUGCUCCUGUCCUUCCUUAACGCCUCACCCAGCUUUACCUUGAGCUUGGAAGUAGCACUUGCUGUGGACUCCUGGGUGCUGGAGGAGCAGAGAUAUCACCAAGCAGGUGAUCCCCCAGCCGCCCAGGGUCCCCUUAGCCUGUCCAGCCCAGAGCAUCCAUAAGGCCAUUCCUGCAGUACGGCCUUUUCGGACCGUUCUUGGCUUCUGUUCAGGCUGCUCUGGUCUUGUCUCCUUGGCUUUUCUUUGUUUCUCUCCUCGAGUCUUAGUUUCUGUCUUUCUCCCCUGGGCUCCUGUCUCGCACCAUCUCCGUGCCCUCUCACAGGCUUGGGGAUGUUUAUAAAGUGAGGACCCUGGCCCCCUGCUGAGUAGAGCUGGAAAAGCUGUAACUCUGUUUCCUGAGGUGAGGGCAUGAAAACAAGAGGUCUAGCUUUAACAAGCUGUGAGAGCUGAUUCAUGCCCCACACAGCUAGGGGGAGGGAGGUGGCCAUGGAAGGGGCACUGGACUGGGCACUUCCCCAGCAAGGAGGUGGGAGGGGUGAGGGCCCCCAGGUGGUCUCCAGAACUCUUCCCUGGCCUGGAGAGGAAGCAUUCCACCAUCUCCCCCCCGCCCUGUAACACACACACACACACACACACACACACACACACACUCACUCACUCACACACUCCAGGGGUGUGUAUGCUGGGAUCCCUGCCUGGACCGGAGGGAGGCAUUUCCUGGGGAUGGCUAAUCCUGUGCCCCAGCCAAACCGAGGAGAUGCAGUAGGGUGCGACAGCCAGAGGCUCCAGGAGAGCGAACAGGCACCUGGAGUGGAGAAUGUUUCUCUCAGACCCUAGGGCAGGGUCUCCCUGCAGUAUCCUAGAGAUAUGGCUGCCCCUCAGAGGUUAGGGCUGGGGGGCUGGGGGGCAGGUGUCUCUUUUUUACAGGCAUCCCAGAGAUUAUCCAUUGUUCAUCACCCCCAAACAUAGUGCAAAUAAAGGUUCUCCCCAUG